GAGUGUAUUUGUGUUUGUGUCAAGCAAGUAUCAGCUGCCUUCACACUGUUAUUGUCGUUGCUGGCAACGUUAUCAACACAUUUGGCCGCCGCUGUUGAAUAUAAGAGGACCUGCUGCAACCGUGAAACUUCAAAACUUAUACGACUCUUGACCUGUGAACAACGCAAUACAACCAGAACUAAGUCAAAAGUGGUGCGAACAAAAGAAAACACUGCAGAAUAUCCUUUAGAGCCGUUCAAGUAUUCGGUCUUAAUUAAUAUUCAGCAUAAAAAGCAACAGUUUGCUGUAUUGCUUGUGUUGCUUAAAUAGCCACAACCAACGUUCACCCUCCUACACAAGCACACAACCAUCCAUAUCAGUGUUUGCAUGAUGUCCACCCACCAUCACACCAUUCAACGCACCCUGUAUGCGCCGACAUUAUUGCUCGCCACCUCUGCCGCUUUUUUAGCGCUCAUCGCUUACGCUGACGCAAAAUCGACGGGCAUAAUUUUACCACAACAACAACAGCAACCAAAUACACUACUCACCGAAAUUGACAACGACGAAAUGCGUGACAAUGAUUUGGGCGAUGCCGCGAACUAUGACAAACGCAUGGAACGUUACGCAUUUGGCUUAGGACGUCGUGCCUACACAUACCACAAUGGUGGCAACGGAAUGAAACGCCUGCCUGUCUACAAUUUCGGCUUGGGUAAACGCGCCAGGCCCUAUUCGUUUGGUUUGGGUAAACGUGGUGAAUACGAUGAAGAUCAAUACAUCGACGACUUGUUGAAUGGCAACGCUAACGAUAUGGCAUUUUUUGACGAGAAACGUAACCGACCCUACAGUUUUGGUUUGGGCAAACGCUCCCUGCAAGAGCCACCACCACACCGAUACGGUUUUGGACUGGGGCGCCGUUAAAUACCGAACACUUAUGAAGACACACCACCCAAAAAACAACAGUAAGCAAAUAAAAAAUAAACACUAACUAACGCAAGCAUACAUCGGAACUGCUCGACUUUGAUCGGCAAGUGAAAGCGUGCAAACUAAAAGUUGAAUUAAAAUGCGGGCACCAUUAGACUUUUGGUGUUGACAUACGAAAAUAAUUACAUAAAGUCAAACAUAAUAUACACAUAUACAUACACAUAUAUUACUAUUAGUAUUUACUUCUAGUCAGCAAUGAUCGGUAGGCUUAUUUAAAGGCGAGAUUGGUUGGGUGCAGGGCAGAGUUUCCACACUGUCUGGCUUUCAAAUGUGCCGCAUAGUCGCGACCGAUCAAAAUAUUUUGAUUUUUAUUUUUACUAAAUGUUAGCAAAACACUAAGCUGAAUCUUUGGUUGGGGAGCAUACACACAUACAAACACACACAUACAAGCUAAAAUGUCAAAUAAUCAAAAUCUAUUGCCAAUUACAUUCAAUUACGUGUGAAUAUAUUUAAUUUUAGAAGUAUUUUCCUUUGUAUGUGACUUGAUAUCAUAUUUUACAACAACUACUACUAUACAUGUAUGUCUGUAAUAUUUAUCGAUAAUAUAAUAAUGUGUGUACAGUAAUGGCAUAUGUAGUAUAUAAUGCAUGUACUAAAUAAUAGUGGACACUGAAUUGUUGUUGCUGCAGAUAUAUGAACAUAAUGUUAGCUUAUUCUUAUGUAUGUAUUUAACAGUUAUAUAUUAUAUUUAUAUAUAUAAAUAUAACAAAUCAAAGCAAGGCAAUUGAAAACUUACUGAAAGCAAAAAAUAAUAAUAAUAAUUAAAAAUUAAAAUUAAAGCAAAAACAAAAAUAAAAAAGCAAGCAUUAAAGCAAAGUAAGCAAAUAUUUUAAAAUAUAAUAUCUGUAUAAAAAUCUGUAUGUAUGUAUAUGUAGAGAGAGGUAACCUGAUCUGUAGAAAUGCGUAACAAAAAUAUAAAAGUGCUAAUCAGAGUUAAAAGUAUUAAACAAAUAUAAUUAUAUUAUAUAAACUAA